UAAAUGGUAUAUAUAUACAUACAAACGCACGAGCAUAGGCUACAGUUCAGACGUUGGCUCGGUGGCGUACACAAGUCGGUGUGGCAAGCUUCCCUUACUAGUCUCCUAAUCGUUGUGGAAGCCAACUGGUGGUUCAUCAUGAAUAACCGUGAAAAUAAAGAAAAGGACGAACUUCAAUAUCCCCCAGUAAAAAUCAAGUACGCUCCAAUUAUCUUCGAGAGCUCCAAGUACCAAUAUCAUGACAGUGAGUACCCGUACCGGGACCCUAAAAUCAUCCCGCCACCUUCAGCUCCCAUCCUGACAGCCCCAAUCUAUGCUGCUCAGUCUCCGUACCAGUACCAUGCCAAACACUAUCAUCCCAGCCAACUACAACCGCCUUGUGCUACAAUCAACGUGGCACCUGUACUCUACCAGCCAAUCUUCUAUCCACACUGACUUCCCUCAGCCAAGGUCAUGGGCUCUUGGGUCUGGCCAGUAACUUGAAGAGUAAAUAUGAUCUUUAUAUUGUAUAUUAUUUAAAAAGAAAAAAAAGUGUUACUUAAGUGAUAAUGUGGACACUGCUUCAGUACGCUUCACGCGGGUCUCUUACCCAAGAUUGGGUAUGCCCAUAGAUACACGUGCUGCUUAUGGUCGACAAGUGAUGUAAUGUUUGCUUCAGAACAAGUCUGCAUCAGUAGCGACAAGUCUGGUUCCACCACAGUACUGUGAUGUCUGCAUCAGUAGGCUACAAGUCUGCAUCCACUACAGCGUUGUGAUGUCUGCAUCCACUACAGCGUUGUGAUGUCUGCAUCUGUAGCUACAAGUCUGGUUCCACCACAGUACUGUGAUGUCUGCAUCAGUAGCUACAAGUCUGGUUCCACCUCAGUACUGUGAUGUCUGCAUCAGUAGGCUACAAGUCUGUGUCCACGACAAUUUUGUUAUGUCUGCAUCAGUAGGCUACAGGUCUGCGUCCAUGACAGUGCUGUGAUAAAAUUGUGAUUAUUUGAAAACUGGUAUUUAUGUAUUUACUCAACGAAAUCAAAGAUACAAGCUAGUCAUUUAUUAUUUAUUAUAUUUACAAUUAAUUGUAAGAGCCUAAACAGGAAACAUUGCCUAAGCCUGGGAGUUUGUACCAUCUCAGUAUUAAUAAUUGUAUAUGCAAACGCAGUGUCCUAUGUGACAUCUAAGCUUCUUAUAUACGACUCAUCCUCGGAAUAUGUUUGUCCAGGCUGUGGCUGAUCUCAAAGGCUCAUUCGUCAAUUAUUUUCAUAUUGUGUAAUCAAAAUUGCAAUUUCUCAUAUUCUGUAUAUUAUAGUUUUGUGGAUAGCUAAGUCUAGGAUAGGUUAGGCGUUUUGAUCAUAAUACCUGUACAUUUCUUGAAUAUCUGUGAUAGUCAUUUCUAAAUUCUUGAAUUUAUUCACAUUCAAAUACAUAGUGAGGAAUAGUGUGUGAUUAGUUAUGUUGAGAGUUUACAUGUGGUCAGAUCUGGUGCAGUAGGUGGUGUAGAGUAUACAGGUAUACUACCUUUAUACUCUACAAAAAAGGUAUACCUAGCACAUGUGCACCCUUUUAUGUUUGAUUAAGAAUGAUAACAACUCUUAUUGGGCCACUUUAUAACUAACCAUCCUGCGAGAUGGGGGACUUGUUAUCUUAUUUACUAUCUUAUUUACUCUUGUAUUCAUGAUAUCAUAUCCCCAUAAUGCACACAGAGUUUGCCAGUGCAGACUUCUUAUCACAUGCCUCUGUAUGACUAACCAUCCUGUGUGAUGGGGAUUUUUAGUAUCACGCAGCUAGCUUUUUGAUACAUUGUACUCCCCUUCAUAUAGUCUAGGGCAGCUGCACAAAUGCGGAUGUACCUAAAUGUGUUUAAAAAAAAAUUUGGUCAUACUGGUAAUUAUUACAAUAACAACCAAA